AUGUCCACUAGCUCCAGUGGCCCCAGGAGGGUUCCCCGGCCUCGAGCUGCUCCUAAGUCACCGAGUUCUGCGGCUGCAGCAAACCGAGGCCUGCGGCUCCGGACGCCAGUGGAGUCAGACAGCUUCCCCAGCACAGGUUCUCACGAGGACGUUCUCCGUGAACUGAGGCUCAGCUCGCCUGGGCACCAGCGAGCUCCUGAGGGCCUAGGGGAGUCUCGGGACGCCGGGCGGCUUCCUUCUGUCCAGGCUCUCAGAAAGCCGGUGAACGCAGGCCCGCUGGCUCAAGUAUGGUGGAUACUCCUGUGGGAGGACACAGGCGGCUUCCCAAUGAAGUCGCCGGAGGCUUCUGAGCGUCCGGCUCUCCCAGCCGGCCGCGGCCCGGAUCCACCGCCGCACUGCGGGAUUCCCGCGGCUCCUGUGCAGCACUGCGGACUCAGAGGCCAGGCGUAA